UCAUCAUGUUCAGAUCACCUUAUACCGACAAAUAUAAGAUACAUUGCCCAUCCUGUUCAGAUCAAACAUGGCUCAUCAUGUUCAGAUCGUCUUACACCAACAAAUACAAGUAACAUUGCUCAUCAUGUUCAGAUUGCUCACCAUAUUCAGAUCGUCUGA